GUAAAGGAAAACUGAAGUGCAGUCUUCUGUGUAACUGAAAAGUGGAAACAUUUGAUUUCAGUUCCAAAAUACAAACAAGUUGAAAAUUUUAUUGCGGUUUCUGUUAAAGUUUUUGUUGCAUGACACACGUGGAGAAAGAUAAAGGUUUUUUCGUGAAUAAAAACUGAACUCUACUUUAUGUGUAUUGUAGUAAACUAUCACUUUUUGCUAAAACCCAAGGAUAGUUAUUUCCCGGCUAUUCAAUGCAGUCUAUGAUUGCUAAGUUUGUCAACUCGUUGCCAUUGGGGUGUUCGCAGUGCAUAACGAAGUUCUAUUUUCGAUCUAUAACCUCCAAUCAGAGAGGUUUGCACAGUUUACAAGAGCACAUAGAAUUUAAAGCAAUGGAUGUAAAGAUUUUGCCAGCAUUACAAGACAAUUACAUGUACUUAGUUGUUGACAAGGCAUCUAAGGAGGCAGCUAUAGUUGAUCCAGUUGAGCCUAAGGCAGUUUUACAGGCUGUGGAAGAUCAUGGAGUUAAAUUAACUACAGUACUUACUACGCAUCAUCAUUGGGACCAUGCGGGUGGCAAUGAAGACUUAUUAAAAAUGCACCCAGGUUUGAAGGUGUAUGGUGGUGACGAUCGCAUCGGGGCACUGACUGACAAAGUAGAACACAACACUCAGUUCAAAAUUGGCAAACUGAAUGUCCAAUGUUUGUUCACGCCGUGCCACACCACUGGGCACAUUUGCUAUUUCAUUACGGCGCCACUUGAAGGGAACGAUUCUGUUGUAUUUACAGGAGACACACUCUUUCUCGGUGGUUGCGGGCGGUUCUUCGAAGGCACAGCUGAACAGAUGCACAAAGCUUUAAUAGAGAUACUCGGCAACCUGCCAGAUCAGACUAAGGUUUUCUGCGGCCACGAGUACAGUUUGUCAAAUCUGAAGUUCGCUGCUCACGUGGAACCAGAUAAUGAGGAGGUCAAGAAGAAGAUACAGUGGUCGGAGAGUCAGAGGGGGGAAAAGAAGCCUACAGUCCCAUCAACUAUAUAUGAGGAGAAGCUCUACAAUCCAUUUAUGAGAGUUAACCAGCCAUCAGUUAUGAAGCAUGCAAAGAAAAACGAUGCGAUAUCAACCAUGAAGGCUAUUAGACAGGAGAAAGACAAUUUUAAGGGAUGAAAUAUUAAAAUGCAUUUUUUGAACACUCAGUUUAUAUCGCUGUUAACUAUUAAAUAUAUUAUUGUUAAUAAAAAAAAAUUCAUACCUCA